AUGGAUAGUCCGACGCCCACUAAAACGCCCAAGGCAGCACAAGUCUUGCUUGCAGAUGGCACAGAACCGGAACCGGAAGUCUUCAAUCAUGGCGUUGAUCAUCGCCCUGCCCUCAACGGCUCUGACGACGAUGACACAAACCUGAGGGACGGCGCUGCUCUCGCUGAAAACAGCACAGUGCACUUGGAUCGGAGGGUACGGCUCAAGAUAGACCACCGGCUGUGCACGAUAGCAGGAAUACUGUGCGCGAUGGACCUGAUCGACGGCAGCAUCAUGUCGAGCGCAUCCGCUACAUCAAUGCCGGCAUAUCUAGGACUCACGGGGAACCUCAUCAUGCGGCUGGUGGGAGCACCGCUGUUCUUUACCACCAGCACUGUCGCCUUUGGCCUGAUUACGCUGUGCAUGGCCUAUGUGACGACUUGGAGGCAGAUGCUUGCGCUCCGAUUUUUGAUGGGCAUGGCCAUGGCGGGAAUUUAUCCGGGCCUAACCUAUCUCUUGUCGGCAUGGUACACUAGGAGAGAGAUGCAGCUCCGGUUUGCCUACCUUCAAAGUGGCCAGGUCAUCAUCGUGGCAACAGGCAGCAUAGUCAACUACGGCCUAACUUUUCUUGAUAAACAGCAGGGCCUCCGCGACUGGCAAUGGAUGUUCAUCGUCCAAGGGGCGAUUAGCAUGUUCUUAGGUCUUGUGACCUAUUUCUGGAUCCCCGACUUUCCAGAAAACGCCAGCCGCACAUCUCUGUUCUUGUCGCCCCAAGAGGCGGCCCAUGUGCUCCGCCGUAUUGACGAAGACCGCAAGGACGCCGGUGCCCCGGAGCCGCUGACCGCGCGCGCAGUAUUGGAGCCGUUCCUGGACCCCAAGCUGCACGCCUUCAGCCUGCUCUUCUUUCUUCAGAACGUCGUCUCCACCGCGCUGUCAUACUUUAUCCCUACCAUCCUGCUCGGCAUGGGCUUCACGUCCGCUGACUCGAUCCUGCUGUACGCACCACCGUACUACUACGCCGUCAUACCUGCCAUCAUCUCGGCCUUGGUGGCCGAUCGGCUUGCGGCCAGAGCACCCGUCGUGGUCUUCAAUGCCGUGUGUCUCAUCGCCGGGAUGGCCAUGGUCGGAUUCGUGCACGGGAACGUUGCAGCCAGAUACGUGGGGGUCAUGUUGGCUACGGGUGCGUACGUCUCCAAUUGGGCCGGGCCGAAUGCCUACCAAACCAGCAACGUAACGGGGCAAUGGAAGCGUGCUACUGUCGCUGCUGCCGUGUCGGCUAUGAAUGCGCUGGGCGGCAUAGCGGGAUCAUACAUACUCCGUUAG